AUGGCAUCCGACGUUAUCGACGUGGCCACAUCCGACUCCGAACAUGAGGAAGGAGCAGAAGAUGGAUCGUCGUCUUACCAACUAAAACCAAGCCGUCUUCCCAAGUUUCCAAUUCUUAUCGAGAAAGAGACUACCAAGGAGAACGUGCCUGGCGUGGUGAGUACGUGUUUGAACCAAAACGGUGUGUACAAAUGGAAUGUGACGCUGUCGGAUGGAUCAACACGUCUGCUAGAAUGUCAAGAGCUGGCAGAGGCAAUUCACUUUGCUAACACCACGGGAAUCGCACCAGAAUGA